AUGCUGCCAAGCGUGAGUGGGAAACCAAAAGGUCCGCAAGAGAAGUUGCAACAUAUGCGUAGUUUAUCGAUUUCACAACCAAUGUGUAUUAUGUUAGAGACAUUGCAACUUGAUAAAUCAAAACAGACCAAAUAUUCACUGUCAACCGGCGACAUUAAAUUAACUUAUACAAAUAAAAAAUCGGUGGCCGCAGUCACGUCUGAGGUAAAACCGGAAAAAUGUCUAACAUGUAAGGAAAGAAAGCAUCGGGCAUAUUAUUGUCCAACUUUUCUCAAUUUAGCGCCGCAAGAUAGAAUUAAAAAAAUAAAACGCUUAAAAGUGUGUCUGAACUGUUUCAAGGUGGGCCAUUCCAUCGAAGCAUGUAAAUUCGGUACUUGCCGAAUUUGUCAUAAGAAGCACAAUACGUUGUUGCACAUCCCUAGAGGCGAGGAUACAGAUUCCGAGAGUAACAAUCAAAGAGCGACAACCGUCGAGCAAAAACCACCGACAGAGCAAACGACGAGUGUAACUCAUCCUGCAGUUCCUAUCGCCGAUAGAAGACUGCUAGCAACAGCAAUCAUCAAAAUUCAAGAUAACGACGGAGAAUUUCAAGAAUGUCGAGCGUUUCUUGAUCCCGGAUCUCAGUCAAACUUCAUGACGAGAGAUCUUUGCGAGCAAUUAAGUCUUCCUCAGCGGAGGAAUUAUUUAGCAAUACGCGGCGUCGACGACACGCAAACCGCGGCAUUCACAGAUACACGCGCAACGAUUCAAUCUAAAUUUAACGGGUUUAAAGUUAAACUCAAGUUUUCAGUAUUGCCAAAGAUUACCACGAAUCUUCCUCUAUCUGAAAUUGACAAACGCCAUUUACAGAUACCAGACAGUAUUACAUUAGCUGAUCCAUUAUUUUACAAGCCCGGAAGUAUCGACGUAUUGUUGGGAAGUUCCAUAUUCUGGGACUUGUUGUGCGUUGGACAAAUCAAACUCGGAAGAAAUCAACCAGUCGCACAAAAAACCAAGCUAGAACGAUUCUGGCAAGUCGAAGAAGGCAGUCUCCACGCUAACUUAUCAGAAACAGAGCAAAUUUGCGAAGAUGAAUUCGUGAAGAGGCAUCGACGCAAUGCAGAAGGACGCUUUGAGGUCCGGUUGCCAUUACGUGACAAGGUGGAACAUCUUGGACAGUCACAAAAAAUAGCCAUUAAACGUCUAAAGGGAUUAGAGCAAAAAUUUGUCUCAUCUCCUGAAUUGAAAGUGCAGUACACUAACUUCAUGCGAGAAUAUCAAGAGUUAGGUCACAUGUCCGAAGUCAUAAAUCAAGGGACAAACGGAACUAUUAAUUAUUUACCGCAUCACGGAGUUUGGAAAGACGACAGCCUGAUCACGAAACUCCGAGUCGUGUUCGACGCCUCGUGUCCUACAACAUCAGGUGUGUCUCUUAACGACAUACUUCAUGUUGGACCAACUAUUCAAGAGAACCUAUUCUCCAUUAUACAUAGAUUUUGCCAACAUCAAUUCGUGAUUACGGCAGAUAUUAAGCAGAUGUACAGACAAAUUCUACUACAGGACAACCAACGAGAUUUGCAACGAAUUGUAUGGCGACCAAACACAAACGAACAAAUUAAGGAAUAUCGCCUUAACACUGUGACUUACGGAUUAGCCAGUGCACCAUUCUUAGCUAUUCGUUGUCUUCACCAACUGGCAAACGAAAAUCAAAAAAAUUAUCCCAGGACUAGUGAUGUUAUUCGCAAUGAUUUUUACGUCGAUGACCUGAUAUCCGGUGGAAACGAUCCGGACUCCUUAAUACGGCUGAAAACUGAGUUGACAAAAAUUUUUCAAUCAGCGGGUUUCGCUCUACACAAAUGGAACUUUAACAAACCUACAAUAUUCAGUGGAUCCUCAGAAACUAAAACAUUGCUAAGUCAUGAAACUAAAACUCUGGGAAUUUGCUGGAAUACGAAAGACGAUUGUUUACAAUACCGAAUAAACAUCACUAACAGAAAUCAACGUGCAACAAAGCGGUCAGUACUAUCAAUUAUCGCUCAGAUGUAUGAUCCUCUAGGACUGAUGGGUCCUACACUCAUUAGCGCAAAAAUCAUAAUGCAGCAACUUUGGCAGUUAAAGGUAGGAUGGGAUGAAUCUCUUUUCGUUCAGUUGCAUACGAAAUGGAUGCAAUUCUUAAGUCAACUAGAAAAAAUCGAGUCCAUAUCGAUUCCAAGACGCAUAAUUUGCAACGAACCUCAUAUCAUAGAACUUCAUGGGUUCUGUGACGCGUCAGAGGCAGUCUACAGUGCAUCUACAUACGGAGCUCCAACAAGUCAGGAGAAACAAUUACAAGAUUGUUGUGUGCAAAAUCAAGGGUUACACCUCUCAAAAUACUGGAGCAACUCCACGAUCACGUUAUCCUGGAUCAAACGUUCUCCCGGAGAACUGCAAACUUUCGUCGUUAAUCGAGUGGCAACCAUACAGCGCAUAGCACCUGGAGCUCAGUGGUCGCAUGUACGAUCCAAAGACAACCCGGCCGAUAUUAUUUCAAGAGGUUCAACUUUGCAAAAUCUCAAAGAUAUGCCCCUAUGGUGGACGGGACCACCUUGGCUGGCGAGAGGACGAGAUGAUUGGCCGACCGAAUCUAUCUCAAACAUUAAUGAGAUACCAGAACUUAGGAAACAAACAGUGAUCAUGGGAGAUUUGCCAAAAUCUCGAGUCACCGUAAGCAGAGCGUUCAUAAAUUCAGGAGUAGAUUACGCCGGUCCGUUUCCCAUAAAACUGUCGCGAAACAGAACCGUCAAGGCAUAUUUGUGCAUUUUUAUAUGCUUCGCAACUAAGGCUACCUAUCUGGAGAUAGUCAGCGAUUUAACCACUACAGCAUUUCUCAAUGAGCUCAAACGGUUCAUCGCGCGACGUGGUCGUUGCAUGCAACUAUUCUCGGAUAACGGCACUAAUUUUAUAGGUGCGAACAAUGAGCUCAGGGCGCUUGCGAAUAUGAUAGAUCAGGAACGCGAGACUAUUGAAUGA